AUGCCGACAAUUACCUACAACCUAGAGAGUAUGCCCGAUUUGUCCGGGAAGGUAAUUCUAAUUACUGGCGGCACAAGAGGUCUCGGGGCCGAAAGCGCACGGCGACUGGCGCAAAAAUCGCCAGCGCACAUCUAUAUCAGCGGUAGGAAGGCCGCCAGCGCUGAUACGGUCAUCCAGCAGAUACGACAAGCCGGCAGCAAGACGCCAGUCACCUUCCUUCCCUGCAACCUGGCCUCCUUGGCCUCAGUGAAGCAGGCAGCAGAGACGUUUGUGGUCCAGGAGUCCCGCCUGGAUGUUCUGAUGUGCAGCGCAGGCAUCAUGGCCACACCACCAGGGCUAACGGCGGAUGGAUACGAGAUCCAAUUUGGCACAAACCAUCUCGGACACGCGCUACUGAUCCGCAAGCUGCUACCACUCCUCCAGGCUACGGCAGAAACAGCAGACGUGCGUAUCGUCCUGCUUACCUCACUGGGGUUCAAGAUGCACCCGGGUGGAGGAAUCGUCUUCGACGCGGUACGCACGAAGCAGGAGUAUAGCGCCUUUGGCGGAUGGAUCCGUUACGGCCAGAGCAAGUUAGCAAACGUACUAUACGCGCGUGAGCUUGCACGUCGGUUCCCAGCCAUAACCAGUCUCUCCGUCACGCCUGGAGUCGUGAAUACCGAGCUGGUCGAGAGCCUAGGGUGCUUUAACCGCGCCUUCGUCUGGGUCACGAACUUGGGCCAAUUAAUGAAGCCGGAAGAAGGUGCCUAUAACCAGCUCUGGGCUUCGACAGUCGCCAAAGACACAUUGCUGAAUGGCCAGUUCUAUGAGCCGGUUGGGGUGCUCUCUACCAAACUGGACAAGGCAUCCCAGGAUGCAGCAUUGGCUAAGCGGUUGUGGGAGUGGACCGAAGAGGCCUUGCGGGAAUACCUGUGA